UGAACAAUGGGAACAAAUAGAGAGGGCUGGAAUCCAGUAAAGAGAAGGGGGAUGGAACUCUUCAUUCUUCACUAACUUUCGGCUUGGCUUAUCUCUUCUCUCAAGCUAGCUACCUCCAUAUAAGGAGAUCUCCAGGGCCAAGAGGGGUCACACAGCAUUUGCACUACUUCAAGCUAGACAAGCCACAGCUAGCCAUAGUGAUCGAAAAGCAUCGAUCGAUCGAUCAUUUUUCCUCUUUCCACAAUUCAUAGCAAGAAAAGAAGAAUGGCCACCAUUUCUCUCGAUCCCAGGCUGAACCUCUCCAUUGCAAAGGACCAUCGCCAACACGGAGUUGUCACAGAUGAGAUUGAAGGGAUCAUCAGAGUGUACAAGGACGGGCACGUGGAGCGUCCUCCGAUCGUCCCAAAUGUUGUAUGCACAGUGGCUUCAGAGCCCGACGUGGCAUCUAGAGAUGUAGCGAUCAACAAAAUCACUAACGUGUGGGCUCGAUUCUAUGUGCCCAGAUGCCAGCAGGGGAAGCUACCCUUCCUUGUUUACUUCCAUGGCGGUGGAUUCUGCGUAGGCUCGGCCGCCUGGAAGUGCUACCAUGAAUUCCUGGCGAAACUAGCAGCCAGAGCCGGCUGCUUGAUUAUGUCCGUCAAUUUCCGAUCGGCACCCGAGAAUCGUCUCCCGGCCGCCUACGAGGACGGCUGUAAUGCCGUGCUGUGGGCCAAACAACAAGCGCUGAACGGGUCUAAUGACCAAAGGUGGUGGUGGAGCCAGUGCAACUUUACGAAAGUGUUCCUCGCUGGCGAUAGUGCUGGAGCCAACAUAGCGCACAAUGUGGCCAUCCGGCUGGGUUCCCUCGAAUUAUCCGAGGCUGUACCGAAACAAUUCUGUCUCAAGGGGACUAUACUCAUACAGCCAUUCUUCGGUGGAGAGGCAAGGACUCAUUCAGAGAUAAAUACAGCACAAUCCUCUAGCUCGGCGCUGAGCUUGGCAGCCUCGGACGUUUACUGGCGAUUAUCUCUGCCCGUGGGAGCCAACCGCGAUCAUCCUUGGUGCAACCCUCUUUCCAAAAGCUCGACCAAAUUGGAGGCCCUGAAACUCCCCCCAGAAACCUUGGUUUGCAUCUCAGAGAUGGAUAUACUGAAGGACAGAAACCUGGAAUUCUGCACCGCAAUGGCCCGCGCCGGUCAUAACGUGGAGCAGCUGAUAUGCAAGGGUGUAGGCCAUGCUUUUCAAAUUCUGCACAACUCUCACUUCUCCCAGGCUCGAACCCAUGAAAUGAUCUCUCGUAUCAGUGCCUUCAUCAACCGGUGACAACCGACCCAUGAUUUGUUAACCUUUUUUUUAAAUCUAUAUAGGCGUCUGUUGUGUAGAUUCUUUAGGUCGAAUGUUUGUAUGUAGUAUCUACACCCGAAUAUGGAGAAUUUUCAAGAGAGAAGAAAGAGGUGGAGAGAAUCAAGCUCUUGACAACCCAAUAACAAACAAUUGCCAAGGAGUUGAAACUUGAAAAGAGACCCGUAAAGUUGUGCUUUCUCUUCAGUUCACAAUGGAUUCCAAUCUCUUUUCCUUC